AUGUUAGAUAAUACAAGUAAUAGCCAUGUACCACCGCCCCAAGAACCACCACCACCUAACCACUCUCUUCACAACAUCAGCCAUGUACCACCACCCCAAGAACCACCACCUUCUAUCCAAUCUCUUCACAACAGCUAUGUACCACCACCACAAGAACCACCACCUUCUAUCCACUCUCUUCGCGACAUCAGCUAUGCACCACCACCACAAAAACCACCACAAGAACCACCACCACAAGAACCACCACCACAAGAACCACCACCACAAGAACCACCACCACAAGAACCACCACCACAAGAACCACCACUACAAGAUCCACCACCUUCUAUCCACUCUCUUCGCAACAUCAGCCAUGUACCACCACCACAAGAACCACCAUCUCCUUUCCAAUCUCUUCACAACAUCAGCCAUGUACCACCACCACAAGAASCACCACCACAAGAAGCACCACCACAAAAACCACCACAAGAACCACCACCUCAUGAACCACCACCACAAGAACCACCACCUUCUAUCCAAUCUCUUCGCAACAUCAGCCGUGUACCACCACCACAAGAACUACUACCUCCUAUCCAAUCUCUUCGCAACAUCAGCCAUGUACCACCACCACAAGAAGCAAAAGUUCUGGACAACGAAACAAGCAAUAUGUACAAUGGUUGCAAAAAACAGGGCCAGUCAUAG